AUGUUUCUUUGCCCUGAACAUUUUAGGCCCAAUGCGGCCGCCGUAGGGCGGGGGUGGUAAAAUGGCGAUCUCUGCUUUUGCUGGUGCGGUGAGAGUAGCAUCAGGAAUUUUACGGCCCCUGAAUAUUUUGGCGUCCUCAGCCUAUCAGAACUGUGCUAAGAAUGCCUGUCUUCGUUCGUCACUGUCUGCCCGACAGUUUUGUCAUAUUCAGACUGCAGUUGUUUCCUCUGCUCCUGGGCUCGUUACUUCUGUCAGAAGCCUGACAUGUGGGCCUACGGCAACAAUCCUCAAUAGAGUGGCCCCCUUGCUUCCAAACAUCCUGAAGCUGCCAGUCAGAACUGUGACGUACGUCAGCUCACGAAAAGGCAAGAGAAAGACUGUGAAAGCUGUCAUCUAUAGGUUUCUUCGACUUCAUUCUGGCCUUUGGGUGAGGAGGAAGGCUGGUUAUAAGAAAAAAUUAUGGAAGAAGACGGUUGCAAGAAAAAGACGCCUGAGAGAAUUUGUGUUCUGCAAUAAAACCCAGAGUAAACUGUUAGAUAAAAUGACGACAUCUUUCUGGAAGAGGCGAAACUGGUAUGCUGACGAUCCUUAUCAGAAGUAUCAUGAUCGGACAAACCUGAAAGUAUAGAACAGAAGUUUUAUGAUUUUCCCAGUUAUCUUGGUAUGUAUGGUGUCUUUGCGGAGAAUUGACUUGGGAUGGUAAACACACAAUACAGUAUACGGAUGAUGUAGAAUUGUAAACCUGAAACCUAUUUAAUUUUAUUAACCAAUGUCAUGCCAAUAAAUUCAGUUUUAAAAAAUGAGUAAAUAUAAAACUUGAUGUAUGUUAUACCAACUGAUAUGGAAACAUACAGUACCAAUAUCAAAUUUAUCAGAGCUUUAAAAUUAAUGGACAGCAUUCUCAGAUUUGUUCGGGGAAGUAAAAGUUUAAAAUUAAGGAUUGUUUUUAACAAGUGGUAAUGGCUUAACUAGUUGUUCCAAUUAGGCUUACUUAGUUACAAGGAAUCUCAAGUUAGGACAGACAUAGAAAGACUCUAAAGCUAGUAAGUUAUUUCAAGCAGUGUGACUUCUUUUUUAAGGAUACAUGCCUGGAAACUCAGGAACCACCAUACCACCUCCAUCUUCCACCCAGAACUCCCAGGCUGCAGGAGCACAAAUUGUAGGGUGGUUUUGGGUUCGAGGCACCUCUAGUAAUCUCAGCAACAGGCAAUGGUGAUCUUCAGGCUUGGGGUCUAGCCAUAUAUGUGACUCAGUUCUCUGAAUGGUAGGCUCCAUUCUCGCUCUACUUACCAACUUGUCUGAUUCACAGUUUUUGCUUACUGUUACUUCUGCUUCCUCAUCAUACCUGGAGCUUGCUCUUUUGAGGUACAUUUCUACAUCAUGACCCUCAGCUCCUAUUUCUUCACUGGCCGGCGUAUCUUUUAACACCAGGUCUCAUCUCAAGUCACCAAACAGUCUAGGGAUUGGCUGUCCUUGGAUCAGGAGCCCAGUCUGGCUCACUUGGUUGUGUUGGCAGAUUCGUGUGGAACAAAAAAUAGGUGUGUGGGCUGUUUUCACUUGGAGGUGAGCAUGGGGUGGCAGCGCAUGUCUAGUAUACUAGGUUUACUGUGCUCACAACAUGCUCACUUCAUUUCUGGGAACAGGAUUUUUUAUAGAGGGGUAUAAGUAAAAUAACCUAUCAGGAUGCCCAUUCAUGAAACAGAAGUGGCUAUAUAAAUGAAGAUAAACACUUUUUGCCCAAGAGUUGAAAGAUGCUGCAUUUUUAAAAAGUUAAUCCACUUGAGAUUUCAUAUUUUAAACUGUGAAGAUAAGCUUUCUCCAAAAUUUUCCAAAGGUAUACUGUAAAUACUAAGAGGGAAGAAGUCAUCUCAGUCAUGUUGGAAAUGAUGUAAGAGUUUAGCAUUAAUCAUUUUAAGAGGGUCAGGCAAGAGGCACUGAGGAAAGCACAGUUGACAGAGUGGAUAUAGGCAUGGGCAGUGGUUCUCAGCUCUCCCAGCAGAGUCAUCUGGAAUUCAGACAGCAGUAUUUUGCCUGGUUGAGAAACCAUUAUUAAAUAGAAGUAUGCCUCAAUUACUGCUUCACAUCCUUUAAUAUAAUAGUUGAUGAUAAGAUGGUCUUCUAUUGUUGUAGAAUAAGGGGGAAGGUAACCAAAAUUCUUUGAAAUCAGUGUGUGUGUGUAUUAAAGGACAAUGGUGACAAUAUUCUAAAAGUAGAAGGCCAAAUGUAUCUAUUUAUGGGACCAAUUAAUAAAGAACAGACAUUUGAUUUGAGGUAAGCACCUGAGGCGUGGAAUGGCAUUCUGUUUGGAUGGGGUUCCUCUCCUCGGACUUCUGAGAUGGCAGAAAUCAGCCACUGCCAAGACGGCCGCAUCAUUUCCCACCUGCCUGGCUCCUGCCUCCGACUGCCUCUGGCAGCGGGAUGGACCUGGUGCCUGAAGGAGCUGAGGAAGAGCCUCUCACCCCACCUCGACUUCUCUCGUGCAAAUACAGACACGGGUCUCUGUCGUGUGGCCUCAGAGCAAUUUGGUUUCUCUGCUAGGCUUGGGACAGGGGAGGUAGAGAAGAGGGCUGGCAGGCAGGCCUUGGCAUCCAGAGAUGGGCGGGAAGGGCCAGCGGGUAGACAGUUUAGGGGAAACGGGUAGCAGGGCUUAUCAUCAAGCUGAUUUAUAGUUUGACAAAACAUCUUUCAUUAAAAGGUCUACCUAAAUGACAUUCAAGUAUAUGUCAAAGUGUAACUUACUGAAAAUCUGUGCCCUCCAGCAUAAGAACAGGCAUGUAUCUAUAAAGCUGCUAAUCCUUAUACCAGCCUUACAAGGAGAUAACUCUAUCCUUAGUUCAGAUUUGAGGAAACUGAAGCUUACAGAAAGUUAACUAACCCAAAAUACAGCUAAUAAGUCAAUCAGAACCUAGGUCUAACUCCUUGGAAUUCAUAUCUAAAUCAACAUGUAACUAUAAUCUAGCAUUACAAAUACUAAAUACUUUAUGACACUGUACCAAGACUCUUAAAUUUUAUAACUGUCACUUUUUACUCUGGUUAAUCUCAGUUCUGUUGACAUUGGACUUGGCUCACUAAAGGAAUAAAUGGGUUUUUAGCCUUUC